AUGUUAAGUACUUCCAAAAUAAUAUGUCAAGGUAAAAAGUUGAGACUUUUGAUUACAUUUUGCUCGUGUACUGGAUUCUUAUUGCUUGGCUAUGACCAAGGUCUAAUGGGUACAAUUAUAGGAGCAGACAAUAGAUUUGGCCGCGAUUUCAACCAUCCUGACUCGACAGUGCAGGGUUUAUUAACAUCUGUUUACGAUUUGGGCUGUGUUGGAGGAUCAAUUAUGUGUUUCUUUAUUGGUGAAAAAUACGGUAGACGAGUAAUGAUGUUUUGUGGAGGAUUAAUAAUGAUCCUAGGAACUGUUAUUUUGACAGCAUCGCAAUCUAGAGGUCAAUUUUAUGCUGGUAGAAUUAUUACUGGAAUUGGGAAUGGCUUUAAUUCUUCAACUAUACCAGUAUAUCAAUCUGAAUGUGCUUUAGCUUCUAACAGAGGUGCAAUGUUAACUUGGCAAGCAGUUGUUACUAUUUUUGGUGUAGUAAUAGCCUAUUGGGUGGGAUAUGGUACGUCUUACACAGAAAGUCCAUUUCAAUGGAGGUUUCCUAUAGCAUUCCAAGGUAUAUUUGCAAUCAGUCUCACACUUGAAACUUUCUUAUUACCAGAAACGCCUCGCUGGUUGAUUACAAAAAAUCGUCAAACAGAAGCAGCAAAUGUUUUGGCUGCUAUUUUGGAUAAGGAUGUAAAUGAUUUGGUGGUCAUUUAUGAAAAAGAAAAAAUAAAGAAAACUGUUGAAUUAGAAGGUGCUGGGGGCCCAUUUCAAUUCAAAGAAUUAUUCGGAGGUGGCGAUAUUCAAAAUUUUAGAAGAUUACUAUUAACUAUAGGCAUUAUGAUUAUGCAACAGUUUACUGGUUCAAAUAUGAUCAAUUACUAUGCACCAGUUGUUUAUCAAACAACAAUGAACUUGAAUAGAAAUACUUCCUUAAUACUUGCAGGAUGUACAGAAAUUGUAUAUCUUGGAGCAUCAUUUUUUCCAUUGUGGGCCGUAGAAAGAUUUGGACGGAGGCCAUUAUUAUUGUAUUCAUCGGCAGGGUUAUCCUUUUGCUUUAUAAUAGUGUCAAUAUUGCUAUCUAUUGGAACAUAUGGAUGCGGUGUUGGGGCAGCAUGCUUUAUUUUUAUAUACCAAAUAUUUAUGGGUGUUGGAUGGUUGCCGGUGCCUUGGUUCUAUCCUGCUGAAAUCAAUGUUACUAGAUUAAGAUCCAGAAAUCAAGCUAUAGGAUCUGCGUUUAAUUGGUUGUCAGUUUUCGCUGUUGUGCAAAUUACUCCCAUAUCAAUUAAUAACAUAGGUUGGAAGACGUUCAUAAUUUUUGCUAUUUUAAAUGCGGUAUGGAUACCAAUAAUUUAUUGCUUUUACCCAGAAACAAAGGGUCUAGAAUUAGAAGACAUUGAUCAUAUCUUUGAGAAGCACGGCAUAACCAGGGGGGUAUUUUCAAGUAGGGGUAAACCUAUAGACGCAAGAGAUAAACAGAACUAUGAGGAUAUAGUAAUUGAAAAAGAAUCAAUAAUUCAUAUUGAAAAAGCUUAA